UCACCAUCCAUCCAUUCCGUUUUUCGUUCCCGGUCCAGCCACCAAGACACUGGACAGACCCCCACCAUCAAGAUUGGUCACAUCGCCCUCCCCGUAGUUAUCAUAGCGCCAAUCAGUAGUCAGCCACACCGCCUUGCUUGUUAUCGAAUACCGUCCGUCCGUCUACCCACCCGGCCAGCCAGCCAACUACCGCACCCCCAUCACAGCGACCUCUUCUUAGUCGCCAUCACAUCCCCUUUUUCUCUCCUCCUCUCCUCCUUCAACCGCAACGAUACUGUCGAACGCGGCACCAGCAGCAGAAGAAGACCCAGAAGCAGGAAUCCCGCUCCAAACCCUUCUUCCAGGAAGCACAGGAAAGACACGCGCGCAGAGGAGCCUCGACCGCUGGGAUAGAGGCACCGCAAAGCUCCUCCGCAGGCUCGACGCUGCCGAGGCCGGAAUCACUAUGAAGUUCUCCCAUAGCAUCCAGUUCAACGCCGUGCCGGACUGGAGUACGCAUUACAUCGCGUACUCGAAUCUCAAGAAGCUGAUCUACACCCUUGAGAAGAAGUACGUGCAAAGCCAGGCCAAGCGGGGAUCCGAUGAUGCGGAGCGCGCGGCGCUACUCGACGACGACGUGGAUACGGACGGGGUGUUCCGGAAGGCGCUCGACGCGGAGCUCGACAAGAUCUCGAAGUUCUACGCGAAGAAGGAGCGGGAGCUGCUGGACGAGGUGGAGCAGCUGCUGCAGGACGCCAAUGAAUACGACGAUGGACGAGGCGACCUCGAGCUGAACCCCGAUGAUGCACGACUGAAGAAUUCCGGCGUGGGGCCGUCGUUUUCGACGUGGGGGAAUCAGCGUGAUCUGGAAGCAGAUGGGGAUGGCGACGGCUCAGAUGAUUCGGAUGAGGACGCGAGUGGAGCCGGCGGGCGCCUCCUGAAUAGGUCCGCGAGACAUAUGCAUCACUCCAUCACAUCGGAUGCGCCGAGCGACCAUCAGGCGGGCCGGCGGCGGUACUCGACUGCGGCCUCGGAGGAGGGCGAGCAGGCCAUGAAUACGUUCCACGAUAAGCGGAUUACUCUCAAGAAGCGCGCGAUAUCCCUAUUCGUGGCGCUGCGCGAGCUCAAGAGCUUCUCGCAACUUAACAGGACGGGUUUCACGAAAGCGCUGAAGAAAUAUGAUAAGAUCCUGCAGAGAAACCUGAAGUCUCGGUAUGUCGAGCAGGCUGUGGCCCCUGCGCACUGCUUCCAGGCGUCGACUAUCCAGCAUCUCGACGAAAAUGUUGCAAAGGUCGAGGCAACGUACGCGAAUCUGGUCACCCAGGGCGAUCUGGAGGAGGCAAAGAAGGAGUUGCGACUACACCUCCGAGAGCACGUGGUGUGGGAGAGGAACACGGUGUGGCGGGACAUGAUUGGAAUCGAGAGGAAGGCGCAUGCGGCUCAUCUCGGCCUCACGGGGCCUCUACUAGGGGACCAGGUGGAAAAGAAGCGGUUGGCUGGAGAUGAGGUGCGCGGACCAACCACGAAGAACCUGAAGACGCCGUUUGGUAGUUUGACGGUACCUACUUGGCUAUUCUCGGGGGGAUUCUUCACUCUGACGGCCAUCAUCCUCGUGUUUGCUGUGCUGCUCCAGGUCAAGACGUUUAAGACGCCAGAGCAGCAAAACUGCUUUGCCAUGUUGGUGUUUGUUAGUUUGCUGUGGGCUACAGAGGUCAUUCCUCUAUUCGUCACCUCGUUGCUUAUCCCCUUCCUGGUCGUCCUUCUCCGUAUUGUGCGUCAUGACCAGAAGCCUCACACACGGAUGGAAACCAAAGAGGCGACCAAAUACAUCUUCUCGGCCAUGUGGACGCCAGUGAUCAUGCUGCUCCUCGGUGGUUUCGCCAUCGCCGCAGCUCUCAGCAAGUAUGGCAUCGCCAAACGCAUGGCUACCUUCGUCCUUGCCAAAGCCGGAACGCGGCCGCGCACCGUGCUGCUCACCAACAUGUUCGUGGCCAUGUUCGCAUCUAUGUGGAUCUCGAACGUUGCCGCGCCCGUGCUGUGCUUCUCCAUCAUCCAGCCUCUCCUGCGUAACCUCCCCAGCAACUCGGAUUUCUCGAAGGCGCUGAUCCUGGGAAUCGCGCUGUCCAGCAACAUCGGCGGAAUGGCCAGUCCCAUCGCCAGUCCCCAGAACAUCAUCGCCCUCGAGAACAUGCAUCCCGCACCCAGCUGGGGCGCCUGGUUCUUCGUGGCACUCCCCGUCUGCAUUAUCUCGAUCCUCCUGAUCUGGGUGCUCCUCCUCAUCAGCUUCCGUCCCGGCAAGGGCACCACCAUCGUGCCCAUCCGCACGGUCAAAGACCCCUUCACCGGCGUUGAAUGGUUCAUCAUGAUCGUAACGCUCGCCACCAUCAUCCUCUGGUGCGGCUCGCACGCACUCGAGCACAUCUUCGGGGACAUGGGUGUGAUCGCGAUCAUCCCGCUGGUGCUCUUCUUCGGCACAGGCAUCCUCAGCAAAGAAGACUUCAACAACUUCCUGUGGACGAUCAUCAUCCUGGCAGCGGGCGGGUUGUCCCUCGGCAAAGCCGUCAACUCGUCCGGCCUGCUGCACACAAUCGCGCAAUCGAUCAAGGAGCGCGUCGACGGCUACAGCUUGUACGCGGUGCUGUGCGUAUUCUGCGGUCUGAUCCUCGUGAUCGCCACGUUCAUCUCGCACACCGUCGCCGCGCUCAUCGUCCUGCCCAUCGUCAUGCGCGUCGGCGCCGCCAUGGACGAGCCCCAUCCCAACCUCCUCGUCAUGGGCGCGGCACUAAUGUGCUCCGCCGCUAUGGGACUCCCUACCUCCGGCUUUCCCAACAUGACUGCCAUCAUGCUCGAGGAUAGUCAGACCGGCGAGAGGUACCUCGGUGUUAAACACUUCAUCACUAGAGGUGUCCCCAGUAGCUUCAUCGCCUUCUUUGUCGUUAUCACCGUCGGCUUCGGGUUGAUGCGCGUUGCUGGGUUCUAGGAAUACUAUUAUUGGGGAGGAGAGUGCGGGGGUGUGGGAGAAGAUGGGGGUCUUUCACUGUUGGUGGAGUUUUCUGUUUUGUGCAUAUCCUCUUUGGUUUUUCAUUUAUUAUGGUACUUUUACUUUUGUGUUUUGCAGUGUGUUUUGCAGUGUGUUUUGCAGUGU